AUGAAUAAAGGGCGACAGUCCCACACAGCCGCCUCCAACCCUCCUCUACACACUAGAAUAGUUGCUCUUAUUUCGGUAACCUUCAUUCUACUCUCAACAAUCGGCCUGGCCUUGAAUUCCAUUGCAACAACCAAUGAGAGUCAAAACCAAACAGACGCAUCUGUUAAUGCCUCGAACAGGAUAAAUCGACCAAAAGGUCUCCAUUACAGCCUUUUUGAGGACAAUGGCAUUGCCCAGUAUCAUUUAGACAAUCUAGAACUGGUCUGUAUUAUCUGGUUUACCAUAGAAUACCUCGUCCGAUUCAUCGUAGCACCUUGCAAGUGUCGAUUUCUCAAAAGCCCCAUGAAUAUGAUCGACAUUGUCGCUAUUCUUCCGUUCUACAUCUCAAAAGCUCUCGACUCCCUUACGGCAAUAAGUAAGGUUGUUCAAGUCUUUCGGCUUCUUCGCGUCCUUCGAGUUCUCAAGCUAGCUCGUCAUUCAGUUGGGCUGCAGGCGCUUGGCUACACCGUUCGACGGUCCUACAAGGAGCUGGGACUUCUGAUGAUGUUUGUGGCCAUGGGUGUGCUGAUAUUUUCCAGUCUUGCAUAUUUUGCGGAAAAGGAUGAAAGAGAUACUAAGUUUCAGAGCAUCCCAGCCACCUUUUGGUGGGCAAUAAUCACUAUGACCACCGUCGGCUAUGGUGACAUGAGUCCCAUAACCCCCUUGGGUAAAGUAAUAGGCUCCGGCUGCGCGCUCUGUGGUGUCCUGGUUCUAGCAAUGCCUAUUCCCAUAAUCGUCAAUAAUUUUGCUGAGUUCUACAAGGACCAAAUGCGGCGAGAAAAGGCCGUUCGGCGACAGGAGGAAAUGCAGAGGGUUCGACAGUGCGAAAGCUUGUGCUCGGGCAGUUUGGCGUUGGACAAGGGCUUAGAUGAAGACAGUCGCAAGGGGGAAGCCAGGUCAUUCAGUAAUGUAUUCAAAAGAUCGGUGAAAGAGCACACCAUUGGCUGUUCCUUUUACUCUCCUACAGCAUCUCCUGCAGUGAAUAAACGGCAAAUGCAAUGUGGCUCGGUGCUGGAACGAACUAUGAGUGCGCCGCAGGACGUAAGCGGUGCCUUGAGCCACCCCGUGGCCAUUCGGCAUUCACCCUCAUUUGACGACUGGAACCUCCUUAAACACUCACUGGACGUCAAAGCACAGGUUCAUACUUCUAAAGAUCCCGAAGCUCCAAGUUAG